UGCUUUUGUGCGGCGUGGCUUUCGAACUUCGAGUAGGUAAUUCCUGGAACUUAGAGUUGCACAUGGCCAAGAGAGCUUGUCAAUGUAUUAGCUCUGCAGUUGUAUGAGCGCUUUAGAAGGUGCAUUCUGCAAUUCCUUGUUGGCCGCUUUUCAGAGAUGGCCGUCGGCAUCUCCCACGUCAACGCUGGGGCUUUGACGACGUCGUUUUUGCCUACUUUGAAAAGCGGCACGGGGGCACCCGUGCAGGGUCGCCGCGUUGCAAGGAGGCUGACCCACAUUUGCGCUUACACCGUCGCACCUGGGGAUACCCUAUGGAAGAUCUCGCAGAAGGAGGGCGUAAAUUUUGCAGCCCUUAAGGAGGCAAACAAGAAUAUCCUCAACCCAAAUGUGAUUUAUCCUGGCCAGACGGUCAUCGUUUCUGGGAAGGUCGCGACCACCUCUGUUGCCCCUUCUGGCUUAACCCCGAAGCAGAAGAAUAUCGGGGUGACAAUCAUCUUUGUGCUCCUGGGUGCGGCUAUCUACUCCAUUUUUGCAAGUAAGAAGACGGAGGAAGAGCCUAUCUCCACCUAAGGCUGCGAGACGGCGAGAUGGCGAGACGUCAUCAUGCAGGUCAGCUUGCACAGGAUUCAUGUGUUGCAGUAGGAAAGAACCAACGGUUAGGCUCUUGGUUCGUUUGUCAGGUCUGACAGAAGCGUACAUAACUUAGGAUAUUUAUCCUCCUAGCCUCUGAGGAGCUGGGAGUUCGUGCAAUUGCUUCUACAAGCUUUGAACAGAUAGAAAUUGUGUUUGGUUGCGGACAUGGAUACGAUACGUAGAAAGGUUCUUUUACUACGUGUUUGAACAAGGACACCACAGACUGCUCCUCCAGGGCAAACUUAACGGCAGCUGCAGCAGCAUCCUGAUAAGUUGGUUGGUGCACACGUUGCACCUAAGCUUUUGAAAAUCAAGUUUAAACAACUCCAAGCGCUCCGACUGCCAGGUUGACGUCACGUGACUCAGUGACCGGGGAUGCCUAACGAAUG